AUGGAAUUAAAAAGGCAGGGCGAGAAUUUUGUACACACUUGGCGAACGAUAGAGAAAAGUGGAGUGCCGGUUUCCGCAUCGUCACUGCUCCUGGUACACCUGGGUGUAGUAGGAGCGUUAGCCAGCGGUGCUGCACUAUUCGGCGGGGGUACGUGCGCCUGCGCAGUAUUAUUGCACGCACUGCAUCCAUUGCAACUUUGGACCGUGUGUGGGUUGCACGCUGACCGAGCUGCUGCAAUUGCUGCACCACUGCAUUAUGCUGCCAUUGUUUCUGCUAAAAAGGUACUAAUAUGUGUGGCAAUUGCCUGGGUGGCUACAGCUGCUCUACUAGCUCCGCUAGCAAUAGCUCAGCCACCGCUGGCGUAUAUUGCUGGAUUUGGUGGAUGUGCUCCGGACUGUGGCGCUGGUCCCUAUGCGCUUGCGUUCUGUCUAAUCUACGCCUUGUUAACCCUUCUCUUACCAACGGCACUUGUCUUAGCGUGCAGUUUAAAGAUACUACGCAUUGCCCGAUAUCAUCGACAUCGUAUAGCUGCUGCGAUAUAUGAAGUGACUCUAUCAGCACAAGUUACUGUAACGCACCAACGUAACCCCUUCUCACCCCCACCCCCACCGCGAAGACGAGCAUUAUCAGCAGUUGUCCAGCCUCUAGGAUCAUUAGCAAUACUGUACUUUCCAUAUUAUUGUAUGUUAAUUUGGCCGGCUAUAGCUGUUCCUCCUCGAUCUUUAGCAGCCUUGUCAGUUGCACUGUUGGCGGCUGCACCACCCGUGAACAGUAUCCUCUAUGGCAUAAGAAGCCGGGCACUAAAGGAUUCGCUCAGAAAUUAUAGAAGAAAGAGAAUGACUAAAAGCGAAGUAACGCAAGAGAUACAAGCCCGUACACCCAGUGCAUGUGGUUCUAGAAGGCCAUCUCUAUCUGCUGGUUCAGGUUGCAUUCGACCACCUACAACUCGGAGAUUGUCAGACGCAGCGGCCAUGGGUGCUCGUGGUUCCGAAAGACCGGCACCAAGAGCUGCAUCAUGCAAUAUGCUUCAAGAUCCCCAUGACGAUGAAACCCCAAGAUGUAGGACAUCAGCCAUUCCGAUUAUACGUGCACCUCCCCAUAUUGUGUUAGGUAGAGCACUAGGUUUAGAAGAGGGUAUGAAUAGGGAACGACGUCGACGACAAUCUCCGAGAAUUACCGUCACGAGAGCAAUGUCAGAUGAAUGCGAAUCACCUUCUAGACGCCCUCUUUGUCGACAACAAUCUCGUUCAAGCGGCGCACUUUUAGGAACCUUGUCAUAUUCACCAGCGCUGUCUGAGGAUGUCAAUCUAGAAAGUACAGAUGAACCACUACUUCUCUCGUGGCCUCAACAGGCCAUACGUAAACACGAUGUUUUAUAG